CCAAAUGCGACAUUUUGCCAUGAAUGCGAUGGGGUUCCGCGUUUUCUGAACCCUCCCUCCCUCGUCUUUAUAUAAAGAUGAAUCACUCCAGGUUCCUGACAACCAUCCAAACCCUCAAGUCCUUCUCCCAAACCCUAUCUUACUCCAUUUCUCGUCCCCAUUCUCUGCACCACACAAUCCUAGAUAGCUUUUCAUCCUCUGUGCCCGCCUUCAAUCUCAUCCUUGGGUUUCUCAGAAUCAAGAAUAAAGCAGGCUAAUGAUAUAGUUUUUAUUCAUUUCGUGGUUCUCUUUUCUUCACAUCUCAAGACCCUCACCCUAACUUAUUCAUCCAAACCCUAGACUGAUUAUUUUUUUUGUGGGUUCUCUCUGUUGGGAUAAGUAUGGCUAUUGCUUAUCCUCAUUUUAUUGGGUCUGAGAAAUCUGCAAUGGAGACAGGGAUAAUAUUGUCUCCGUCUUCGCCAUCUCCGUCCCUGCCUCAUGUGAUUCUAACCCAAGAUGAGUUGAAGAAAAUCGCGGCGUACAAAGCUGUGGAGUACGUUGAGUCCGGUAUGGUUCUUGGUCUCGGAACCGGGUCGACGGCGAAGCACGCUGUGGACCGAAUAGGCGAGCUUUUGCGGCAAGGGAAGCUGAAGAACAUUGUGGGAAUACCCACGUCGAAGAAGACCCACGAACAAGCGGUUUCUUUGGGGAUUCCCUUGUCGGAUCUGGACUCGCAUCCGAUUUUGGAUCUUGCUAUCGACGGUGCAGAUGAGGUGGACCCGUAUCUGAAUUUGGUGAAGGGGCGGGGUGGGUCACUGCUGAGGGAGAAGAUGGUGGAGGGCGCUUGUAAGAAAUUUAUUGUGAUUGUUGAUGAGUCCAAAUUGGUCAACCAUUUAGGGGGUAGUGGGCUAGCCAUGCCGGUUGAGAUUGUGCCGUUUUGCUGGAAAUUUACUGCUCAAAGGUUGCAAAUGUUCUUCGAGGAAUCGGGUUGUGUUGCAAAGCUUAGGACAUACGAGAAUGGGGAACCUUUUGUGACAGAUAACAGGAAUUAUGUCGUGGACUUAUAUUUCAAGAGAGAAAUAGGGGAUUUGAAGGUUGCCAGUGAUGCCAUUCUGCGGCUUGCUGGUGUUGUCGAGCAUGGGAUGUUUCUUGGCAUGGCAACAACUCUUAUUGUCGCAGGGGAGUGUGGUGUAGUGGUGAAGGAUAAGUAGGAGGACCAUGGAAGCCCUGGCAGUUAGUUUACUGAUCGAGUUUAACAUUUUAUAUGCAGAACUAAUUAUAAUUUCUUCGCAAAUGAAAUUGGGGAAAUUUUAUUGGCCAUUAUUGUAACAGGGGAGGUUUUUUUGGUUUCCUAGCAAUCAAUUAAUACAAUUGCUGGGAAGUUUCUCCUAGAAUUUUUUAUAAGGUCCAAUCUGGUGAAUGAUAAACCUUUUGUAUUGGCAAUUAUCUUAUUCUCAUUUCAGUAUAAAUUGAAGGAUCAGUAUUCAGCUUC